GGUGACUGGCCUGGCCGUCGUCCGUUGGAUCUUUCCGUCUUUUUGAGAAUCCAAAAGAUCCAAUCUUUUCUCAAAACAUGCCCCAUGGCAGCAACCACAACACCUGCCACCAAUUUAUUUUAGUAAGCAAGGCACCAUGAAUAAUAGUGAUACAGCAGCAGAAGCAGAAGCUCCCAAACAUUUCACUCGAACAUCCUCGGUGCAUCGUCGUCGAACACUCUAUUUGGUUCGACACGGCCAAGCUUUGCACAAUGUCAAGGAAGCGGAAGCCCAAGAAGCCGCACGACAAAUGGCGCUGCAACAACAACCGAGUUGCACGCCCGACGAAAUUGCCCAACAAAUGGAAGAUGCUCGCAAAGCCGUCUUGCAAGAUGCCACUCUUUUCGAUGCACCGCUCACCGAAUUGGGACGUCAACAAGCCAAACAAGCGGGAGAAUAUUUGGCCGAAUUGAUUGACCGUGGCGUGGCCCCGCCACCCACCGAGGCCAUGGUAUCUCCUCUCAGUCGGUGUUUGGAAACGGCCGAUAUUUUAUUGCAACAACAUUUGCAACACGAAUUUGACAUUCCAGAUGACGAUGAAGAUCCUUCCGAACGACUGGAUAUUAACAAUGAAGCAACAAAAGACAACGACAAUUCAACAACGGAAGAAUCGCCUCGGCGGAGUCAGCGCCGAAGUACCUUGUUGGUUCAUAUUCGACCGGAAAUUCAGGAACGACAAACCCAAUAUCCACCUGAUACUCCCCAAACACCCGAUCAACUCUAUCAUUGGACGCAACAGCAGCAACAAGAGCAACAAGAGCCACAACAACAAGAACAACAAUUGGACAACAACACGGACUCGUCGUCGUCGUCGUCAAACAAUUAUCGCUUUCAUCAUCAUGGCAAGGCAUUGACUGGACACGCACUCCAAGUCGAAGAAUCUCGGACGCAAUUGCGAGAACGAGCCAGCAAACUAUUUGAUGUAUUGAUGGAAAUGAGUCAUCGACAUGUACUCAUUAUUAGUCACAAGGGAUAUUUGCGAGAAAUGGAACGAGGAUUAUUGGGAUUGACGGAUUCGCCACUCUUUGACAAUGCCGAAGUGAGAGUUUACCAUGUGGUCUUUACACGAGGAGAUCGAAGUUUGGAAUCGGUGGAGCGGUUGGCGUAACCAACUACGUACUUAUUAGUUUCCAGAGUUGAGUGUAUCAUAUCAUAGUACAAACGUAAUAGACAUGACGUAGAGAAGCGUUGCGGCUUUCAUAAGAAAACCCGCAAAAUGGAAUUUCGAGUUUAGUUGUCAU